CUCGUUGUGUAGAUAAGAGGGUCCUGUUCGAGAUAGCAAGUUUCAUUGGGCUAUAUAAGCCCGUGGGAAACCAGGUACUAGAAUGUCUGGUUGGUCAAAGGAGCGUCGUGACACAAUGGGGCUGAUGAGUUGGAUGGUCCUGCUGACCCUGGGUCUGCUGUCACUGCACCUUGCAGGUAAAAACGUGUCUUUUGAUUGUGCAUGGUCAAUUUAUUAUGUUAAGGGGGGGAAAAAACAAGAUUCUUAGUGCUAUAAUAUUUUGCAUGGGUUUGCUUAUCUGAAAUGUCAAUUUCGUGGUUUAAAAAUUCUUGUGAAUCGGCGUCGUCUUGAACAGCUUAAAACAUAUUGGUUGCGUGUAUUGUUUUUAACAUCAAUCCCAGAUUGACUAGCCUCACGUGCUAAGCACUGUUACGCCUCCAGUAAUUAACAUUGUCAGACGGUCUCUGAAUGAAAAUGUUAGUCCUGUCAACAACAAUGAAAUUAAUUUGUUUAAAUUAGAAAUUUGGGCCUACAAACAUUACAUUUUAAAAAAAAAAAGGUCUCAUUUGGUCAAAACGGAAGUUAUGGCCCAUUUUCCUUUAAAAUUCCAUUUUGCAAGUUUCACAAAGCACACACACUCACUUUCUUUUCAGAGACAAUCGUAAUAAUUGUGUAGCAUAGGAAACAAAACUGUUUUUAAAUUUUAGCUAUCUCCAAAACAGAGAUAUUAUCUAUUGAAUGCGUUAUCCGAAAGCAACGCGGACAUUUAUGAUUUCAGUUUCAUUGACUACUCUAAACCUCCUUGCAAUAAUAUAUUAUUAUAAUUCUGUAAAUUUGGCAUUAUACCUUUAGGGUAAUAGAAAUAAGUCUCAACGCUGGGAAAAACAUAUUUAUGGUGCUCAAAACAGAAUUUCAUUUGAUCUUAGCUGUUAAACCGUAAAUCUGCUUUUCAUCCUCUUCAUUUUGGCUCAUGUGUUUUUCAUAGGUCCUCAUAAACAUUCUAUCUCAUUAAUGUUGCGUGGUUUUUGUUGGGCUUUGGGGCUUUGUUGUUUCUUUUUUUUUGUAGUUUUGUUUGUUUGUUUUUUUUGUUUUUUUUGCUUUAGUGAGUGUGUAUGUUUGUUUAGAAUCUAUUUGUUUUUUUUUUUAAAUUUUUUGGUUUUUUUUUGUUGUUGUUGAAAAUAUGAUUUUUACCUAAUGACAUUUCUCUUAGUAUGCAUUUCAUUAAAUUAAAACAAAAUUUAGUCACAAAUAAGGUAAUUUUGCAAAAAAAAAAAAAAAGCUCUUUGCGCCUACAUGUGAUACUUUCAAUGUAUCUUGUUUUGUCAAAGUGUUUAUGUUUAAAAUAAAGUGUUUGCCCUCCGUGCGUUUCAUGCCAUUUCAUUGUAUAGCUUUAUUCAACACGUUUUACGUUGGUUGCAAGCGAAUGAUCCCCUGAGAACGCCCCGAUAACUGUAAAACCAUAUGUUUUCUCGUCACAUUACUGAAGGGAUUUCUAGUAUAUUCCCAUGCAUCCACCCCAAAAAGCUUUAGAACAAUACAAAAUAUACAACAACAAAAAACACAAGAUCAGCGGUUUUCAGCCUCUGGGUCGGGACCCUUUUGGGAGUCAUACGACCCUUUCACAGGGAUCGCCUAAAACCAUCGGACAACACUUAUACUCCACAGUUAUGAAGAGGAAACGAAAAUAUUUUUUGUUUGUUUGAGGGUCGCCAGCCGGAACACGAGAAACUGCAUUAAAGUGUCGCGGCAUUAUGAAGGUUGAGAACCACUGCACUGAUUGUUAGGACCUAACUUGGCGUAUUAAAGCACGCCCAAUUGAAUAGAUGCGCACAAGCAAAUGUAGUCACUGAGCUUCGGUUAGGUGCAUUUUAAGUGGUAGGAAUGGAGGUGUCUAACUUAAGCCGUUUGGUGGAUAAUGGGAUAAGGUGGACGGUGACUCCAGAAAUCGUGAAGGGUUUUAGUUUGAAAGAAAAUGGUUUGAUGGUGUUUGUUCAUUUAGGGGUUGCUGAAACAGGUUGAUGGUGGGAGGUUUGUGUAAGGGGUUCAACUUAAAUCCAUGUAUGGACAUAAUUUUUUUUUUAUCGUUCAUAAUCAGUGGCCUUUAUUCAGAUAUUACACAUGCAUGCACACAUUUAUACACGCACACAUUUAUACAUGCACGCAUUUAUGCAUGCACGCAUUUAUGCAUGCACGCAUUUAUGCAUGCACGCAUUUAUGCAUGCACGCCUUUAUGCAUGCUCCAAUGUCGUAGUUAAUAGAAAGUCAGAAAAGAAAAAAAAAAGUUAGUUUGAGAAUAAGUCAAAAAAUAAACAUUGUAAGUGUCCACGACGUGUUUGCUAUUAACUUUAUCCGAACAGAAAAUAUAUUUGUAAUUAUAAUGACCCAAUUUUCUUUUGAUCAAUUUACUUAAUUAUAUUUUUGAAAUGUCAACCAUGCUCUUGCCAUUACUAACAAUAGGAGUUUUCAAGGAUCUGUCUUCCACUUUGAAGAACUUUGUCUUUAGACGCGUUAAACUUGCGUCAUUUGGGGAUGAGUACGUCUGUGACGUGUCUAAAAUAGAGCAGUCAUUUGGGGAUGACUGCAUCGGUGACAUGUCUGCAACGUAACAGUCAUGUUGAUUUCUCUUCUAUCUUUGCCUUCAAUCUCGGGAGAUUCUUUAAGACAUAAUGAAAGGGUAUGAUUCAACAAUGAUUAGUUGUAUAGGUUAGAUCAGCGUUCCCAAAAUGGCGGUCCGCGGACCGGCGCUGGUCCGUGAGCCUUACGUUGCCGGUCCGGACAACAUUAAAAUUUAUGGUGGAAUAGAAGGAAAAUAUGAGUAACAAAUCUGCCACCGGUCCCGGGUGCAAUUCCCAAUCUUGCUCACAGGUCCGACAAGCUUAAAAGUUUGGGAAACGCUGGGUUAGUUGACUCACUUGGUUAGGGGGAGGGGAGGCGAGCGGUGAGUCAGAACUUUAGUAAUUCAGACGUGUAUCAAGGUCCUUAGGUCAUAUCUAGGGAUGCACUUAGUUCACUGAGGUAACACAGUUCACUUGUACUGUUUUGUUCAGAAAGAUUACAGAUGACAGUUUCAUAAGCGCCUACAUUCCAUCACAAAAUUGGUCGACUCUUUUCAAGAGAAAAGUGUUCCAUUUUAAAUGAAAGGCUUUAAAAAUGGCCUAAGACUAUUUGAAUCGUAUUUAAAUAUGUUAAGUGGUUGUGUGAACAAAAAAUAAUUUAAUUGUACCAAGACAGACUUCUUAUCGCCCAUAACGAUGGGCGGAUUGCAACGCAACUGUGCAGUCAAGUGCUUUUUGUGUGUCUUCAAGUUCCCAAACGUUAUCAUACAGGAUUCUAUUCGAGUGUCUUUGAGAGUUACCUCUAGAUACUUGUUUUACAUUUUCUGGGCGUAUACACAGAUUCUGUUGCGAGGGUAUUGAUAAGCUUUGGCAACAGCAAGUGUCAGCAAGCACAAAUGAGGACAAGGGAUGCAAGUUUUACCUGAAGUAGCGGGCUGAAAUUAUUCAAUAUAAUUAUUUAGUGCAUUUUUUCAUAGAAUUUGUGUCAGAAAGUACUAAUUGAUCAUUGACAUAUUUAGCAAUUCAAUCCAUUUAGAAAAAAAGAAAAAAGACUUUACCGUCGUAAAUUUGAAAUUUAAAAAAUAAAACAAAUCUUUCUAAAUAAGAUGUUAUUUUAUAAUGCCGGCUCAUUCAUCAUUCAACCCGUCUGACACGAAAAAAAAUUAGAAUCAUUUCGCUAAGCACACUUCUCCACGGACCAUCAAUCCUGAUAUUUUUUUUUUAAAUCUAGAAGGAAAAAAAUGUGAAGGCUUAAAUCAUUGAGCCAGUCACAAUCCAUACAUUCUCGAUUAAACAAUAAAGAGAGAUAAAAGUGAAGCAGCGCAUGAUAUCCAUCCUCUUUGGUUUUUCUCUAAAAAUUCCGUCGAUGAGAUUUCUUUCAAACAAAUUUCCGGUUAACCGUAAAACAUUCUCAACCCCGAGACCAGGGGACAACCCGUCACUACAUCUCACAACAAUAAAGACACAGCCCCAGCCAUGGGUUCUUGUACAGUAUAAGCUAGGAGCAUCCACAGCGACACGCGAUUAGUUAAGUCAUUAGCAGCGAGUCAUGUUUAAGUGCACACUCUGCAUGACCUAGAGCUGAAUUUCUAACACAUUUUCCUUUAACGGGAUCUAUUUUGUCGAUGCAUAUUUGACUUUAUCCCAAAAAGCGCGUGAGGCCACCUUGAAGUUGACCAUAGGCCGCGCAGCUCAGUUUGAGUGUCACGUGAAUUGUAAAAGACAAAAUCAUAAUUCCUAACACGGGUACAAACUCAGUUACCUUGAGGGCAAAGCAAUUUUUUUUUUGAACCUCAGGCUAGCAUUUAAAUUGUAUACUUGAAAUAGUGUUUUAGCUAUCUUCUGAAUUUAACAUCUUUCUUUUGUAUUCUUUAACAGAACAUCACACCACUCUGAAAGUCUCGACUCUGCAUCGAAGUCGCGCAUAGAUUUGUUCUAAAAUAGUUAAGCUAAAUUACUGUAAGAACCUGACUGGCGGCUUGUUGGAAAUGUUGAUAUUUUUUUACCUUACUUUUAUCCCUCCAAAAAUAUACAUGAAACACUUUAACUAAAUCUUAAACUCUCUUGUCACUGGAACUUACAAAGCUUGCAACAGUGACCGGACACUUGUAGAUAAUAGCUCUGUACCAUGAUCAGACAAUUUAAACAGCUGAAAACACGUGAUCUACAGCCGCGACACUUUUCUGCACGAUCUUUAUUUAACGUUAAAAAAUAAUUGUCAAACACAACAGCAUUUCCAAUACCUUGAGCCUCAUCGUUGUUUUAACUUGAUCGCAGUCUCUCUCUCCCAAUUCAUACAGCUACUUAAGUCGUCAGGAUACAGUUUUGUUAUGUUGUUGUUUUCGGCUCUUUACUAAAUAGUGUGUUUUUACCAUGUCUCUCUCUAUAUAUAUAUAUGUGUGUGUGUAAUAAAUGCUCACGAGUUAAUUUAAUAAAGGUAAAUAAUAUUUUUCAUUCACUCCAGAAAGCCAGCUGUGUAACGGAGCUAAUGCAGGUGCUUAUCCCCACCCCAGUGACUGCACCAAGUACAUUUUGUGCGUAGCUGGUGAAAGUUUCGAAAGAACGUGUGCCACGGGAAACUAUUUUGACUCCAAACGGAAUGCGUGCAUGUUCCCAAACAACGAUUCCACCUGUGCCAAUGGCGUCCUGCCAGCGUUCGUUGCCUCAGGUAUUGCUUAUUCUUCAAACCAUUUUAUGUCAAUUUUUUUGUUGCUGUUGUCGUUGUUGUAGAUGCAGCGGUCGUUGUUACGUUACUUUCAGAAUCUCAGAGACUAACUUACCAGGUCGCCAGCUUGGCCGAAAGCUUGUGGUCCCUCGGUAAAAUGGUCCCCCCCCCCCUUUUUUUACAUAACAAGACAUGUGUUAUAAAUGAAAUUUUAAAUUGCUUUAAAAUAUAAUAGACUUGUCCAGUUUUUUUCAUGUAUACCUUAUAUAUGACGUUUAUUACAAAGAUGUAAAAGACAGAAACAAAUUUUUUUUAAAAAAUAUAUAAAACCAUAAUAAAUUUAAAAUGUUGCUUUGAGAUAUGAAACGAUUUUAUUAAAUUUUUUUUGGAUGAAUCGAUGAUUAAAACUUUUAAAAAUACACGUAACGACCAAGAACGUGAUUUGGGUAGGGCAUUGUGGGCAUUUGCCCCCCCCCCCACUUUUUUUUCUCCAAAAUUUACAAGUGUAAUUUAAAUAUCUAUGUACUGUGGCGCCUCCAGUAAUAAACAACUUAACAAGCCGACAAGGUUUGGGUUUCCCCAUCGUCUUAAAAAAACCUUAAAUGACUCCCCUGAUAUCGAAACAAGGGUGCUUACAAACAGUCACUUCUUCUUGGUAGCCAUGGAGGUGAUACGGUUUCCACACAGAGUAAUGAAGGUUUUCUUCUUACUACCAAAUAUAUCCUACAUGGGGGCAAACCGUCCAAGUUUAAAUAGGGCUCGGAAGACACCUGUGUACUCAAUGUCGAAAUGGAGAUGGUUGGUUCCACCUCUAAAUAGAACCCUCUGUAAAUCGUGUGAAUAAACUUUUCCAAAUCACCGGAGGUGGGGAAGGAGUGGCAGCACGUCGCUCUAAGUUAUAACAAGGAAAACAUGAAUGAUAUGUUUAUAAUAUUGCAAUAUGUACAGAAACAACUGCACUGUAAUUAUAUUUAUCAUAUAUAUUUAUUUUAUACAAUCAGAAUAUGCAAAGUUUAUCAAGGCUUUUAACUCUUAAAAGAGAUAUAAGUUAAGUUCAUGGGGCAAAAUGUUGAGUAUUCCUUUUUUUUGUUGUUAAAUUAGAAUUUCAGUGCAGGACACACCUCUCUUUCUCCCCCCCCCUUUUCCACACACAUAUCUCUGGACAGAAUCCAUUUUUCUCCUACCAACCAAUAUUUUCAGACGCGGUCAGGCGCCAUACUCCUUAAAUCUUUUUUUUUUAAAUCUUUUUUUACUGGUUAUUAUUAGAUCUAUGUCAUUUCAAAAAUUAUAUUUUGUAACAAAUUUAACUGACCUGUUCCUCCGCUUUUAGAAUAUAUCAAAUAAAAAUAUCUAGAAUGGAAAGUUUUUGCCAGAAAGCAAUACUUUACACCUUCUUAAUAAACUGAAACGCAAGUAAAAAAAAUAAUGUUUUUAUUUGAUUUAUUUUUGUUUAAAGCAAUAAUAGCUGUUAUGUGAAUAAUGGUCGUGUAAUUCUUUUUUUUUUUUUUACACAAUAAAAUUAUUUCCACCAGUGCAACCGAACUUCUGUGCACAGAACCAUUGGGUGGAUGGGAUACAUCCUCAUCCCCAGACGUGCAGGAUGUACAUCGUGUGCAGCAACUCCAUGCCAACGUUCAUCAGUUGCCCCAAUGGUCAGCUGUUUGACCCCAAUGACAAAACGUGUGUGAGUGCACAAGUCGCCAGGCCGUGCAACGAUGCACCAAUCAAUGAAAAUUUAGGUAAAGAACAUUGCUUCUGUACAUGAACUAAAAGUGAAACGGAAAAUAAAAGAACAAAGUAUGUCAAAAGCUUAAAAUGGGAAAGAAACGGGACAAUCAAAGGAACGUUUCGUAUAGAAGACAUCAUCAGACGACCGAAAAAAAACAACAAGAAACAAAAGAGAAUGAGAAAAAUUAAAAUCAGUUUGUCAGUUGCGGGAAUCAUAUGAUAGAGAUAGGAAGGUGUCUAAAAAUCGAAAUGUACGUGUUAACAAAGAGCAGUGGUUCUCAACCUGUGAGUCGCGACCCCUUUGGGAGUCGAACGACCCUUUCACAAGUGUCGCCUAAGACACUGCAGUUAUGAAGUAGCAAAGGGAUGUAAUGUUAAGAAUGGUGCCCGCCACACCAUGAGGAACUGUAUUCAAAGGUCGCAUCAAUAGGAAGGUUGAGAACCACUGACAUAGAGAAACACAGUCCCACCCAUAUUGACCAGAUAAGUAAUGGCCGUCUGGGGCUAGUUUUUUUUUCCCUCAAGCUACUGGAGAUGCACCACUAUGAUUUCAACACAGCUUUUCCAAACAAGUCUGUUACAGUGUUAUGAAGGCAUCCACUGCUAAUGCAUUUCAAUGAUCUAGUCCCAAUUAUAAAAUAACCAAAAUGGCGGCCCACGCGUUCUCAAACUACGAAAUCGGAAAAAAUGUUUGAGGGGAUUUCUUUUUUUAUUCGCCGUAACUAAAAUAAAUAGAAAAAAAGAACAACAAAAAAAGAAAUGAGCCAAACAAAGUCUGGGAAAACCUGGGGAAAAAAGAGCACACCAAAACCGAACGUAUCGCCAAGAGCCUUCAUCAGUCUAACAACCUGAGUAAAAACAGAAUUAAUUUUUUUUUUUUAAACUUAGCUGAAAUGUAGUUUCCAAGAGGACAGCAAGAGGAAUGUCAAAAGAGAUUUUUUUUUUUUAAAUAACUUUUAUCAACUACUUCUUCUUUAUCCAGAUCCGCUAAAUACAUUAUUUUUUUUUUUACUUUAAUAAAUAUAUAUUUUACUCUUCCGCGCGUAGAGUCGGUGUGCACAACAGCCAGGGCGGACAUACUGUUUCUUCUGGACUCAUCCUCGAGCAUGAGUUAUCAAGAUUUUGCCCUGCAGCGCCGCUUCGUCAUCAACGUCACUAACUCGUUUCCUGUAGGCGCCGAUAACGUGCACUUCAGCGUGAUGGUCUUCUCCAACGAUGCUCAAAUUAAGAUCCCAUUUUCAGCGCAGCAGACCAAUGUUGGCCUAGCGAGCGUAAGUCUCAAUUUCGUAUCCAACCUCCACCCACCCCUCACACGCACACUCACACGAUCUUCGUGAAUGACGACACCAGACGCCUGCGACAGGGAUACUAUACGCAUGAGACAGGAACAUAUUAUGUGUUAUAGGCUGGGAAAGAGUUUUGCCUGUUUGUUAUUGACCUCUUCGCUUUUUGCUUAAUACGAUUUAAAGAAUAGAAAUUGAGAGGUUUGCUCAUAUGAUAAAGGUUCCAUUGUAAGAUAACUAGAAUUAUUAUUUACAUAAUCUAAUGGAUUUUUUGUAUAUUCAGAAUAUAGACAGCAUAUCGUACGUCGGAUCGUCUACGUUCACCCACACUGCCCUUGACCUGGCCAGGACCUUCGGCUUCUCUGCAGCAAACGGUGCUCGUCCAGGCACGAAGAAAAUUGCCAUUGUGCUGACCGACGGACUUUCAAACAACACGGCCCUGACCCUGAACGCGGCAGGCCAGCUGAGGCAGACCGGCGUCCACGUGUUAGCCGUGGGUGUCGGCCGCUUCGAUAGAACCGAGCUGGAAGGAAUCGCCACGAGGAUAGGCGAUGUGUUUUACAGGGACAGCUUUGACCUACUGCACGAGCUUAACGGAGAGAUCACAUCCAACGUUUGCAACGAAGGUGAGGUUUUAGCGACAUGGAACAAGGACGAUAUGUUUAUUAGGCUGGGAACUAUUUUUUUGCGACAUUGAACAACCACGCUAUGUGUAAUAGGCUGGGAAAGAGUUUUGCAACAUUGAACUGUAACGCUAUUUGUAAUAGGCUGGGUUUUAGUUUUGCGACAAUGAGAAAGGACCAUAUUAUGUGUAAUAGGCUGGGAAAGAGUUUUUGCGACAUUGAACUGUAACGCUAUUUGUAAUAGGCUGGGUUUUAGUUUUGAGACAAUGAGAAAGGACCAUAUUAUGUGUAAAUAGGCUGGGAAAGAGUUUUUGCGACAUUGAACUGUAACGCUAUUUGUAAUAGGCUGGGUUUUAGUUUUGCGACAAUGAGAAAGGACCAUAUUAUGUGUAAUAGGCUGGGAAAGAGUUUUGCGACAAUGAACUACAACGCUAUUUGUAAUAGGCUGGGUUUUAGUUUUGCGACAAUGAGAAAGGACCAUAUUAUGUGUAAUAGGCUGGGAAAGAGUUUUGCGACAAUGAACUACAACGCUAUUUGUAAUAGGAUGGAUCUAGUUUUGCGACAAUGAGAAAGGACCAUAUUAUGUGUAAUAGGCUGGGAAAGAGUUUUGCGAGAUUGAACAAAAAACCUGUGUGUAAUAGGCUGGGUACUAGUUUUGAGACAAUGAACAAGGACGAUGUCUAACAGGUUGCGAACUAAUUUUGCGACAUUGAAUAAUAACGAUUUUAUGCGUAAUAGCCUUAAAACUAGCUUUUUGACAUUGAAAAGCAACGCGCUGGGUCAUUGGCUGGGUAGUAGUUUUGCGACUUUGAACUACAACGCUUUGUGUAAUAGGUUUGGAAUUAGGCGCGAUUUAUGGUGACGUUAAUGAUUUGCGAUUUCAGAAAGGCGAUUGGGGACAAAUGUUAUAAGAGGCCAAACUUACAACAAUGGAAUUAUACACAGUAACUCUUGUCGCUUUGGUCUGUUUAAUUCUUUCAUUCUGGCAGCCGUCAUCCCUUUCUGUCAUAACAACGAAUCGUAUGCCGAUGUCAUCAUCGUAAUGGACUCCUCAGAGAGCAUCGGCUACAACAACUGGAGGAAGCAGUUGGACUUCGCGGCGAGUCUCACGAGCAAUUUCAGAAUCGGACCGAACGACAUGCGUUUUGCAGCCAUUUCCUACGGCACAGUGGUUCACAAGUUGUUUGAUCUCAAAUCCUACUCCCUGGCAUCCACGAUCGGCGGUGUAAGUAAUAUUUUAAAUAGCACGGUUGUUUGGCAGAACGCCAUCAGAUUAGGUAGAAGGAUAUUUAUGAAACAAGGUGUGGCAAAACCACAUGAAAGAAUAGGACGUAACAAAACUACGAGCGUGUCGGUCGACAGAUGCCUUCUUUAGCGAACUUUACUAAUAAAGAGUGACACAAUUAAUUUAUUUUUUUUUUUUUUUUUUUUUUUUUUUUUUUUAUAAAGUUAGAUUGGGCGGCUGAGUUUAAGAAACAAAAUAAUAAGGUCUUUGGUCUAUGAAUAAAAUUAUAUUUUUUUAAAGUUAGAAAAAAACGACCUCCUUCAUUGACCUCUGUUGUGUUCUCUUUCAGGCCAUAAAACUAGCAACUUACCAGGCUGAAAGCACAAACACAGCGUCGGCCCUCAAAUACAUUACCGAUCAGGGCAUGUUCAACCUGGGAGCAGGUGCGAGGUCUGGUGCGACAAAGAUCGUUAUCAUCAUGACAGACGGACAGUCCAACAACCCAGCGGACAGUAAGUAGCAUAACUGGCAUUUCCUCUCGGGGCUUCACUCUAAAAAUAGACUCGGGCAAUCGGACAGUAAUUCUUGAUCGCUGUUAUUUGUUUUACAUUAAUUUACACCAGUUAAUGUUGAUGAACUUUUUGAAGUAAUGAUCAUGUGAGUUCCCAAUAACCCCUCCCCCACCUCCAAUUAUUUAAAUGACUGCAUCAGUUACAAGCAUUGCUUGAGUAUGAGUGUCAGUAGACUCCCCAAUUUGACUUUUUUUGUAGGAUAUUUAUCACUUUUUCCAUUGAGGUUUGUUCAUUGUUUGGUACCAGCCUUACGUCACCUAUAGAACUAUUCAUCGAUUUCCUGUUUAAAAAAAAUAUCUUAUUUGAGACUUAGAAGUCUUAUAUAAUAAAAUAUAGACUUGAGAAAGUUCCAAAAAUGUAUUAAAUAAAAAUUGAAGACUUGAGAAUGUUAAAAAAAAUGUCUUAUUUAAGAAUUUUAAGACUUAAAAAUGUUUAAAAAUGUCUUAUGUAAGAAUUUGAAGACUUUAGAAUAAUAAAAAAUGUCUUUUGUAAGAAAUUUAAGACUUGAGAAAGUUUAAAAAAUGCCUUAUGUAAGAAUUUGAAGACUUAAGAAGAAUAAAAAAAUGUCUUAAAUUUAAGACUUGAGAAGGUUUUAAAAAUGUUUUAUGGAAAAAAUUUAAGACGGAAGAAAGUUUUAAAAAAUGUCGUAAGUAAGAAAUCUAAGACUUGAGAAUGUUGAACGCUUACAAUAUCACUUUUACUACAACAAAGAUGGCGGCGUCCUUUCUUUUUUCUCAACAUGUUUUGCGAAAACACAUGCGACGGAAAAUAGAGCUUAGCCAAUUUACUUAGUUAAUACACGUUUAUAUAUACACUUUUACCAAGGAUUCAAGUUAUUUGAUGCAAAACACAUUAAUGGUUCAGGAUGCAUAGUAAAUCAUAUCGUUCUUUUUCAAAUUACUAAUAGAGAUAAUGCUUGAAACAAACAGUGCAGAUUCUAGAAAAUACUAACUCUAUGUGUUAAAAUUCCAUCAGCCCAGGUCGAAGCAUCAAACCUCAUUGCUCAAGGUGUCCACAUGAUCGCCAUUGGGAUCGGUAACGCUGUUGACUUCCGUGAGAUCAUAGCGAUGUCCAGCUCUGAUGCCGACAGAUUCCACUCACCCGGUUAUGAAGUACUCUACAGACUCGAGGCGGAGGUCAAAAAUAGAACGUGUAAUAGUAAGUCGAUGAGCCCUAAAAGAACAUUGUUUCACACUAUUUCAGUACAAGAAAAAUGGGACCGGUCAGUCUAGAGAAAGUGAAAUCGUUUAAAAGAUGUUGGCCGAUCAUACACGGCAUGGACAAAGACACUUCAAAUUAUAGUUCAUUAAUAAUUGUUGCGACUGGAUGUUUUAAGUACGCUCGGUGUGCUUUUGAGAGAUUAAUUAGGUAG